GAGCCCGCUCUCCCCGGGGCCGGGGCGCGUGCCCCGCGCACAGAACGAGGGGGACACCCAGGCGCGCGCUCGCGCUUCCUCCCCGGGCGGAACGCCGCGCGCGCCGCCGCGCCAGCCCCGCGCGGGACGCGCGCCCCCGCUGCCCGGCCGUGUGCAGGCCCCGCUGGCCAAGCGGCGACAUGGCGCUCGUGCCCUGCCAGGUGCUGAGAGUCGCCAUCCUCCUCUCCUACUGCUCCAUCCUGUGCGCUUUCAACGCCAUUGACAUGCCCGCGCAUCAGACCUAUGGAGGGCGCUGGAAAUUUCUGACAUUCAUAGACCUGGUUAUCCAGGCUGUCUUUUUUGGGACCUGUGUAUUGACUGAUCUCUCCAGUCUUCUCACCAAAGGAAGUGACAGCCAAGAACAAGAAAGACAGUUAAAAAAGCUCAUUUCCCUCCGUGACUGGAUGAUGGCUGUUUUAGCCUUUCCCGUUGGAGUUUUUGUUGUGACAAUGUUUUGGAGCCUCUAUAUUUAUGACAGAGAAGUUGUUUACCCAAAGCUUCUUGAUAAUUUUAUACCAUCUUGGCUGAAUCAUGGAAUGCAUCAUGCCAACUCUGAGGACAUUCCUCCCAGGUGAUGUUCUCCAUACUGAAAAUGCCUCACUUGUGACAUUUUUUCAUGGACCUCCAUUGUGAAGCAGAUGAUAAUGGAAGGCCCUGUGUAUUCAGGAAGUCAUCAUCCAGACCACAAACCUGAAGGGCAAUUCAAGCCCAUGUUGUUCUGAAAGAAAUGUAGAUUUGCUGAAACAUGUGAAGAGGGGUUUUGUUUAAAAUCUUUGCACAUUGUAGCAUUUGCUGAAAUGAACUGCAUGCAAACAUCUGGGACAUUUUUAAUUUUUAACUUUAAGUAUCGUAGAAGGCACUUUUGAACGUCUUUUGUGAAGGAAUUGUUUGCCUUGUCAGUCUCUAUUUAUCCAAGUGUUACUUUGGCUGGGUCACAAGGGAGACUUCUUGCUGUUGGGCUUUUCACCAUCUUUUAAUCUAAUUUUAUCUGAUGUUUUACCCAUUACAUUAUCUUCACCGGCUUUCAUUCUAAUUCAUUCUGAUGAGUUGCCUAUCAGAAUAUGAGGUUUGGGGGAUUUUCCUCUGGAGAGAAAUAUCUUCUGCUCUUAAAGUACCCUCAGUAUAUUAGCACUUUAUUUAUGAGUCUAUGAGCAGGCCUAUUGUUUUGACAUGGGAGGUUUUAGGAAGUGUCAUGGAGGUGUUUUUGGUGAAAAGGGCAGAAGUUGUGGCAAUAUAGUUUAGAAAAGUCAGAAGUUAGAGGCAUUAUUUUGUACUCAAAUUAAAGUUUAUUCUCCCAAUUUUUAGUACAUUUUGAUAACUUUUGAAGACAAGAGUUGCUUUAUUGGAACCGUGCUUUAUAAACCAAAGCCCGUAGAGAAGACUUACGACCCCAAAGGAAUUAAAUCUGUCAGUGAAAGUCCAAUAGAGAACAGUUGAUGAGUUCCUGCUCUCUAUUGGCCUCCCAUUCAGUCCAGUGGCACAGCACUCAACAGCUGCCUCAAGUGUUAACAACUAUAGCUGGUUGGGAAAUGCUAUGAAACUAAACCAUUUGCAGUUUGGGGGCAGGGGUUUGUCUUAUGAUGAGAGAGAGUCAAUCAAAAUGAAAAUUUUCCACAUAUACGAAAAAUUGUUUGGUCGAAAAGCCAUUUUUGUUGUUGUUUUGACAAUAUUCUGACAACUCUAAUUAACUCCCAGUUAACAUCCUAUCAACCCACCCUUCAACUUGCAAAAAUUCUUUAUUGGGAAAAGUUAUGGAUAUGUUGCUGUUUCUUUUAAACAGAAGCAAUCAUGAAAUCUAUGGUUACCUUGGUAACCACAUAGGGAAUCAACCCUGAUUAAUUAUGAUCAGUAGUAGUUUGGGCAUAUAUCCAAAUAUUUGAGGAUAUUCUUAUUUUAGAUCCUAAUUAGAGGAAGCUGGGGGUUCUUCCUUGGUGCAGCCCUAGAGAGGGAACAGGAAUUGAUCACUGCUUCUUCUUAUGCUAGCCCUACCUGGGGUUUUUAGGCCAGACAGAAAUAACUGCGUGUAACUCAAGGAGGGCCUGCUGAUGCCUUCUGACAACAAUAAAAUGCAUCUAUAAUUUAUUUUGGAGUGGUGGUAACAGAGCCUAAGAUGAGGUUGGAGCUUUCAUCUUCUUAUAAGUCUAAUUUUUCAUUCUCUUUGUAUCUUCCCCCAAAAUAAACUGAUUUCCCCUUACAUUUUUUGGGCAGCCUCUCAUUCCAGAGUAGAUUUUGUUCCCCCACCCCCAUCCCCACCCCAGAAUAUUACCAAAUAUCAGAAUAGGAAUAGUGUUUUGCAAAUAUACCUGUCUUUCAAAUUGUAAACAUUUUCCUGACUGGCUUGGCCUACAGACUCUCCAUUUGUUUUGUUUCCCUUUGUCUUGCUGAGACUGUUAAGGCUUUUUUGGGGGCGGGAGAGGUUAACGGAUGAGUGGGGGUGAGAGGUGACAGGCCCAAUGGGGAAGAAUUACAAAAAUAUGUAACAAAUAGCUUCAUAAUCAAAUAAACAGCACAGCAGGAUAGGCAGAAAAAGGGUCAAGUAAGAGCCUAUUAAAGCAGGGAUAGAAGUUGAAACCUUGGGGAAGGCCUUGAGAGGAAGGAGGAGUGUUUUCUCUGUCCAAGUCCAGGCCAGAGGGACUGGAAACUGGUGGUAUUGGUCAGUGGUGCUGAAACAAUUUUAUAGUGGGGAUGCUGAAGGUGGAAACCAUGUAUUUGGGUUGUUGUUACCACUUCAAGCCGGGAGUGCAGUAGUACUCCCAGCACCCCAAGUUCCAGCACCGAUGGUAUUUCUAUACUGCUUAAAGAGACUUCUUGAGUGAGGGAUAGUUUGCUCUUUCACUAUCAUUUCUUUUGCUCUUUUUUUUGAAUUUUUGGAACCGUCUGAAGAAAGCCUGAGUCCUGACUCUGUGCAUUGGGUCAGGAAGAAAUGCUCUGUGUAGAUCUGUGUGGGCCUCUAAGUGUUAGGUUACAAUAUUUUGUGUCUCUCCUCUCCCGCCCCCCAUUUUCCUGUUAUCUGCAGCUACAACGUGUCUCAGCCAUACAGAGCGAUUUUCAUGUGUACACAAUGCAGUCUAGCUAACACUGUUUCUGAACAAUUCUUCGCCCUUUAAAGUAAACAAAUGUUAGACUGUCUAGAAAUGAAUGUUUAUGAG